AUGUCUAAAAAGCAAAAGCUCGAACAGCUUCCAAAGUUCUCCUCCAAGUUCUACCCCAAGGAAUUGCCCACUCAUGUGGCUGCAACCAAGUAUGCCAAGGAGGAAAACAAACCGUACAACAUCUUGCUCAAUAAGGUAGAGUCUACGGAAAAAGAGCGUUCCAAGGUCAAACCAGCCAAUGCCGUUGCCCAUUGGUUUGUCAGAGAUUUUAGAACUUUCGACAACCAUGGUCUCUCAAAGGCAUACAAAUUGGCUGCAAAACACAACUUGCCGCUCGUGUGUUUCUGGGUCAAUUGCAAGGAAAUGACCCAGGCCCAUGGAAAAUCCAAGUUCCAAAUGCAUUACCGUGUGAAGAGCAUGGAGAAGCUCCACAAGAAGUUGGCCGAUUUGAACAUUGCGUUUGUGACUGUGGAUGUGGAAACCAGAAGCAAGAUCGUGCCCUCGAUUCUCGAUUUCUUGCAGAAACACAAGAUCUCCCAUCUUUUCGUCAACCAGGAGUACGAAAUCGACGAAUUGAGGCUUUCGACGAAAUUGGUGGAUGCCGCUUUGGAAAAAGGCAUCAACUUCGAGCCUGUCCAUGAUACUUGCACGGUUCAGCCUGGAGAAAUCGUCACCAAGUCCAAGGGAACCCAGUUUGCUGUUUUCACGCCGUGGUACCGUGCCUGGGUGGAGUACGUCAACAACCACCUCAUUGACCAGAACAAGAUUAUCUUUGAUGAGCCCCAGAAGCUCGAGAAUUCUGUUGAGGAAUUGAUCAAAGCGGGACAUGGACUUCCACAGAUCAAUGUCGACCAAAAGCGUUUCAACAAGUACUGGAAGGAAGUUGGAGAAGACGACGCUUUCAAGGCUUUGGAGAGGUGGGUCAAGCUGGACACCAUCAAAAACUACGGCGAUACAAGAAACAACUUGGACGGAGGUGCCUCCAACCUCAGUGUUCACAUUUCUUCCGGAACCAUUUCUCCCAGAACCAUCCUCUGGCUUUUGCACGAGAACGAAUUGCUUACUGAAGCCAACGAAACAGCCGCUCCCGGUAUCACCGAAUUCCUCAGACAGAUCUCCUGGAGAGAGUUUUACAAAAACAUCCUCUGUUUCUGGCCUCACGUGGGCAUGUUCAAGCCUUUUCACUUGGAGUACUCAGACUUGCCCUGGGAGUACAACAAGGACCAUUUUUUGAAGUGGCAGGAAGGUCAAACAGGCUACCCUAUUGUGGAUGCUUCCAUGAGGAAUUUGAAAGAAACUGGUCAUUUGAACAACAGAGGCCGUCUUAUCGUGGCUUCUUUCCUCACCAAGCAUCUUCUUACUGACUGGAGAUACGGAGAAGAGUACUUCAUGUCUCAGUUGAUCGACGGUGAUUUUGCUUCCAACAACGGAGGAUGGGGUUUUGCUGCUUCCACAGGUGUGGAUCCCCAGCCUUACUUCCGUGUCUUCAAGCCUUCUUCUCAGUCUGAGCGUUUUGACCCUAAAGGUGAGUUUAUCAAGAAGUGGGUUCCUGAGCUCAAGGAUGUGGAUUCCAAGAAUAUCCACUCUCCAUGGGACAAUCCUCUGCUGAAGGAGAUUGCCAAAAAGAACAACUACCCUGAGCCAAUUGUGGAUUACAAGUUUGGCAGACAGCGUGCUUUGGAUGUGUUCAAGGAGACGAUGCAGAAGGGCAAGAAGGAGCUCGAGGGUGAUGACGAAGAGGAGGAAGAGGAGGAGUUGGAAGAAGAUGAGGAAGAAGAGGAUGGUGAAGAAGACGAGGAUGACGAGUACAAGGAGUAA